AGCCACAAUUGUCGCAAAACCCCGACAUCCGGCGAAUUAUUUUGCAGCAGUAUGAUGUAGCCAUGACGUUUUUGACAGCUGGAAUCUGAUUGGCUGUUGCGUUUUGAAGCCUUGGAGAUGAUGUUCAUGGCUACCUGACUGUAUUUGUACUCUAAUGGAGAUCUGAAGUGGAUGUGAAUAUGGAUGCAGAACGCAAAGGCUGUUUCAAAACUACGAGACAUUAAUGAAUGGGACACAGGAGCGUCUGAGCCUCGUACUGCGAGAUGUGACAGGAUGCUGAACCAUCACUGCAGAAGGAACCCAGAGUUACAGGAGGAGCUGCAGAUCCAGGCGGCGGUGGCGGCCGGUGAUGUCUACACCGUCCGCAAGAUGCUGGAGCAGGGCUACUCGCCCAAGAUCAGGGACGCCAAUGGCUGGACGCUGCUGCACUUCUCUGCGGCGAAGGGAAAGGAGCGCUGCGUGCGUGUGUUCCUCGAACACGGAGCGGAUCCCACAGUGAAGGAUUUCAUUGGAGGCUUCACCGCUCUGCAUUACGCCGCCAUGCAUGGCCGCGCGCGCAUCGCCCGCCUCAUGCUGGAGUCCGAGUACCGCAGCGACAUCAUCAACGCCAAGAGCAACGAUGGCUGGACGCCUCUGCACGUGGCAGCCCACUAUGGCCGCGACUCCUUUGUGCGUCUCCUCUUGGAGUUCAAAGCCGAGGUGGACCCGCUCAGCGACAAAGGCACCACGCCGCUCCAGCUGGCUAUCAUCCGCGAGCGCUCCAGCUGCGUGCGCAUCCUGCUCGACCACUGCGCCAACAUAGACAUUCAGAACGGCUUCUUGCUGCGUUACGCCGUCAUUAAGGGCAAUCACUCGUACUGCCGCAUGUUCCUGCAGCGCGGAGCGGACACUAACCUGGGCCGGCUGGAGGACGGCCAGACGCCGCUGCACCUGUCGGCCCUCAGAGACGAUGUGCUGUGCGCGCAGAUGCUGUACACUUACGGAGCCGAUACAAACACAAGAAACUACGAGGGCCAGACACCCAUGGCGGUUUCUGUCAGCAUGUCUGGCAUCAGUCGGCCCUGUCUGGACUUUCUACAGGAGGUCACAAGGCAGCCCAGGACUUUGCAGGAUCUGUGCAGGAUAAAGAUCCGGCAGUGCAUCGGCCUGCAGAGCCUGAAGUUUCUGGAAGAUCUGCCCAUUGCCAAGGUCAUGAAGGACUACCUAAAACACAAGUUCGACAGCGUUUGACAGCAGCCGACCAACUCGUUUCUGUAGGUUCCCUUAAGACUCUAUGCAACUCUCUUUUGAUUUCGACUCAACCUCUGGGAGCAGGUGCAGCAUUUUGUACAAGCAGAGUGAAAUAACGACACUGUAAUGGCCACCUUUGUUCAUUCACUGAAGGUGUCAUGGAAAAAUUCCUGACCCAUGAGAGGGGAAAAAUGCAGACGUUUGAUUUGUACCAAAUAUCUUUUUUGCUCUUAAAUCAACAAGGCCUUUGUAAGUAUUAGACUUUUUUUCUAUCAGCUACAUUCUCAAAUAAGGAAAAGAUAAAAGCUAAGAUAUCCAGAGAAAUUGGCAAAUGUUCAGGUCACUCUCAUAAAAAAAUGCAUGUGCUAUUGUCAUUUUUGCUGUGAAGAAAUCAUUUUCAACCAUUUCAUAAGUUAAUAGAAUCCAAUGUGUUUGCAUUUAAAAACAAAUUGUCCCAAAAAAACCAACAGGCUCUCAGUUUUUCUCUGCAAACAUUCUAUAUAUAUAUAAUUAUUUUUUGGUUUUAUUAUUAUUUUUUUUGGAGAAUUUAAAUUUAAUUGAUUUCUCUCUUCUUUUUUUAUGAUUAUUUUUAUACUAUUUUUAUUUACAAAUUGUUCGAGAUUCAGUAUCAGAGGUGCUUGUCUUUACAUGCGUAAAUCAUUAACGAACUUUAUGUAAAUAUUUGUGUCAUAUGUACAGAUAUUUUUAGACUAUUUAUGCCACAUGCUUGUGUUAUCGAAGUGUUUUGGGGGUUUUGUUGAGUGGUUCUGUGUUUUUUGUGUAACCUGUCAAGGGCUUUGAUGUAGGAACGUCUGGAUCUGUAAUUAAAUGGAAUAUUAGCGAUGCUUAAUUGGACUUGGCCAUUAUUUUCUUCUUAUUAAGCUCAUGAAAAAUCUCUUACAUUUUUACAGUCAGUAACUUAAUUUUCUCAUGAUUUUUUUAAUAUAUAAUGAUUUGAAAUGCACUUAAUUGUUUGUUUGUUUUUUUCCUACAAAAUAUAAGCAUUAGUCAAAGGACUGGAUAGCAUUAAAUUAGUUAAGUUCAUUUGCCACUUCUUCAAGCAAGUUUCACACCUUUUAGUCAGAUCGCUCGAAGCUUUAAUUUUGAUCUUUCCCCUUAAAAUCUCAAUCAAGGUGAAAGCGUUUUGUGGGAGAGACUCUCACAAACCGGUUGGAACACUAGCUGCCUUUCCUUCAGUCCGUGACGCAGUACAGCUACAGCAUUUCACCACAUCAUGAACACACUUCAAGUGCAUUAAAGUGACCUGCCACAGCAUUUUCAUUAGUUCUUUUUGAGUUCAGUUCAGGGCGUUUGUUUGGACUGAAAGCAUCUCUGGAUGUCUGCUUACUACCAUAAUGUAUUCAGAAGCAGGUGUGGAGGACUGAUUUGAGAGCCAGGGAAUGUGAUAUGGGAUUUGUCUUUACAAAUCCAAAGUCUUCCACAACUACUGAAUGUAUAUAAUCUGCUGUUUCACAUGUACAUGUGUGUGAAUAAAUGGAACUCAUAAUGUCCCCGUUUGUUAUUUUUUUUAAAGUCUCAUUGUUGUACUUUUGAAGCAGUAAUUAUGCCGUGCUCAUUGAUUUGCAUCCAUUUUUCCAGAGAUUGAUGACUUUCUAAUAAAAUGUCUGAGAAAUAUGCAGA